AUGAACUUCGAACUUCCAUCUGAGGUCCAGUCCUAUCUCUCCCGCCUGGAUGACUUCAUCACCAGCAAGAUCCUGCCCUUGCAGCAUACAGGUACCAACAACCGGUUCUUCGAUCAUCGACGUGAAGCCUCGCGUACACAAUGGGACAAUGGGGGGCUCCCCACUGACGACUGGGAGGAUCUCCUCCGCGAAGCCCGCAAGUUAGCAGAUGAAGCAGGAUUCUAUCGCUUUGCCUUUCCCAAGGAGUAUGGCGGAGUUGGGAGUACCUCCCAAAACUUGUAUAUGAGUGCCAUCAGGUACCAUCUGGCAUCUCAUCCUGUAUUUGGUGGAGGUGUCAGUCUAGCCAAUGACUUGCAAAAUGAGCACAGCGUCGUAGGAAACAACCCCAUCGUCAUCAUGCUCCACCAUUACGGCACGCCGGAGCAGCAACAGACGUUCAUACCAGCAAGCGUCCGUGGCGAGUUCAGAGCAACGUUCGGACUCACUGAGAUCCACCAUGGCUCUGAUGCAACGCAUAUGGAUACCACCGCCACGCCUAUCACACUGCCGUCGGGAGAGGCGGGGUACUCGAUUAAUGGCAACAAAAAAUGGCAAACCGGAAUGCAUAACGCAACCCACUGCCUGAUCUUUGCAAGGACAUCUGGAAAAGCAGGGUCGCCGAAAGGGAUCACCGCUUUCAUAGUCCCCAGAGACACGCCCGGUGUGACAGUGGCUUCGUAUGAAUGGACGCUCAACAUGCCAACAGACCAUGCGACAGUUUUGCUUGAAGAUGUCAAAGUUCCAGCCUCUGCGAUCUUGGGCCCCGUUGAUAACGGCCUGGCUAUUGCGCAGACUUUCACACACGAGAACCGGAUACGCCAGGCCAGCUCAAGUUGUGGUGCAGCGAGGUAUUGCAUCGACAGGAGUGUUGAGUAUGCCAAUAGCCGCAAAGUGUUUGGGAAGCCGUUAUCGUCGCAUCAAGCCAUUCAAUGGCCACUGGUAGAAUUGGCGACCCAGGCUGAGAUGUUGAGGCUGCUAAUCCUCCGGACAGCUGUGGAAAUGGACCAAGUGACAGCAGCAUGCAAAGCCAGUGGGAAAGCCCCUUGGGUGGCGAUCGAGAAACAGUUGGGUCACAAAAUUGGAAUGUGCAAUUACUACGCCAACCGUCUAGCGACAGAGGCUGCCGAUCGAGCCAUCCAGGUUCAUGGUGGAGUGGGAUAUUCGAGGCAUUAUCCUUUUGAACAUAUCUGGAGACACUUCAGGAGGUACAGAAUAACAGAGGGAAGCGAAGAGGUGCAAAUCAGAAAGGUGGCAGCAUACUUAUUUGGGUACAAAUCAACAGGGGAGUCUCCUCCGGAUUUGAAAAAGCCAGAGACAAAGUUGUAA